CGAGAUUCCGGCGCGAGGUGUCGUUUGUCACCGCGGAGUGUCAAGUCCUUGAUGGAUGUCGCUGAUCCGACGCAUCGUUCGCCUUGUACCAGCCACUUUCGCCAUAGUGCUCGUCGCAUCCCUUGCGGAAGGUCGGCGUACAAGGAAUCUGGAGAUCCAUGGGAGGACGGCGACCCACCAUGUGCCACCCCUGGAUAACUCGUUUGCGGACGACUACGGUAACAAUCCGAACCUGCCGAUGUUCGCUGAACCGAUUUCGAAUGUGACGGUGAGCGUGGGUCGAGACGCUCUCCUCGCCUGCGUCGUCGACAAUCUGCAGAACUACCAGGUGGCGUGGGUGCGAGUCGACACCCAGACCAUCCUGUCCAUUCACCACAACGUCAUCACUCAGAACCCCCGAAUAUCGCUGUCGUACAACGAUCACCGAUCGUGGUUCCUGCACAUAAAGAUGGUCCAGGAGACCGACCGGGGGUGGUACAUGUGCCAGGUAAACACCAACCCCAUGCGCAGUCGGCAGGGGUACCUACAAGUAACGGUUCCACCUUCCAUCGUUAUGAAGGACAUGAGUACGGACAUAGUGGUCCGCGAGGCUUCCAACGUGACGUUGACGUGCAAAGCCACGGGCUACCCGGAGCCUUACGUUAUGUGGCGUCGCGAAGACGGCAAGGACAUUAACUACAACGGGGAAAUCGUCAACGUCAUCGACGGCGAGGUCCUCCACAUCACGAAGAUCAGCAGACUCCAUAUGGGCUCCUACCUCUGCAUCGCAUCCAACGGGGUGCCCACUCCGGUCAGCGUGCGAGUGAUCCUUCGCGUUCAGUUCCCGCCCAUGUUGUCGAUACCGAAUCAACUGGAGGGAGCCUACAUCGGUCAGGACGUCACCCUGGUGUGCCACACCGAGGCGCAUCCGCCUUCCAUCAACUAUUGGACCACGGAGCACAGCGAGAUGAUAGUCUCCGGAGAUAAGUACGAGGCGACCUAUACCGAAGAGGGGUACAGCAGGCACAUGCAGCUGAAGAUCAGAAACGUCGGCCCCAAGGACUUCGGCUCGUACAAGUGCGUCGCGCAGAACUCCCUGGGUGGCACCGACGGGGUCAUCAAGUUGGACGAGAUUCCGGCUCCGUCCACGACGACGACGACGCAGGCCGCCUACUACGUCACCAUGUCCAGCAAGAAAAAUGGGAGGAACGGUAACAAGAAAUUACAGCAACGACCCAUCGACUACGACGUCGAGGAAUGGCGAGGUUCGGAUUACGGAAGGGACUACAGCCAGCCGUCGAUGAGGCCACCGGGCGAGACGCCGAAGGACGCCCUGGGCGCCGGCUCGGUCGCCCUGGUCCCGGAGAUCGCCCUCGUGCUCUUCCUAACCGCCCUCCUGCUCGCCGCCGCCAGGAGGUGAUUCUUACGUCAAGGACGGGGCUUCCAAUUAGUCUUUACUAGGCGGUAAGGGCGGCAGCGACGGGACUCCUGCCGUCCCGAGAGGCGCGCUCAAAUUAUUUUCAUACUAAACGACUUACAAAGUAUAAUUAAGUAUUAGGGCUCGGAGACGAGGGAGGCGAAGGCACGUGCAACCGGCGGACGAGUGGAGAAAUCGACGCCUGCGAGCUCGGUUUCUCCGCCUCCUGAGAAUCUAUUUUUUUCGGUCGGUACUUGCCAUAAUUUUGUACGUGAUCUCGAACUCGACUCUUGCCGGCGCGUUAUUUUGUAUCAUAUCACGGAGACAGCGGGCGCACUGUAUACAGCAUUAUACAUACACAUAUAUACGUACGCAUAUGCAUGUAAUAUAACCGAGUAUAAAUACGAGUACAUCCACGCUGACAUGCAUGUACGUGUGAAUAGCUAAACCACCCACGUGGCAUUCGGACACCCAGGGAUCCCUGUGAACUAGUUCGGGACCACAGUCCCAAGGACUUCCAACUUGGACGUCCACCCUACACCCUGCAUAACCGCGACGCAACACCCUACCAAACUCCGUCUCGUGCAAAAAUCAUCCCUCCCUACCUCCGACCUCGAAAUCCCUAUGAGUCCAGGUGGCUUCGUCCCUGAAGUCCAACUUCACCUCCGAGAGAAGCCCAACUUUCCAGGGAGCUUCCGCGAAACUUAACCUCGAUAAGAGAUCUGGACGGUUUCCGCCAGAGGGGUUAUCCUUGACCGCUGGUGCCCUUUUCACGCAACUUCCCCGUGAAGAUGCGUUAGAACCUUUCACUCCGUAAUUUAACCUCAAACCACCCACACGUCGAUCCCAAAGGAGGGGUUCGGUGCCCCGAUUUGAGUCGCAUGGUCGCCCGGGCGAUAUCCGUACGGGGGAGUUUCUUAAAGGAACGCGGAGACGUUCCUCGAAUGCCUCGGAUGCUUCUCGGGUGUUCGGUGCCACGCGGGAUAGACGUGCAAAGGUAAGUCGCUCGGAAACCCUGUCGUUAUAGCUGUUCGGGGCACCCUUGAGAGGGAAGGCGCGAAGAUCGAGCUCGAGGAGAACCUUGCGUUGUCCGCGCGUACUCGAGCCGCAGCCAGACUUAGGCCGAAUUCAGGAGAGACUGCACGGUAGCCUCGGGCCAGCAAAUACGGUCCCGGACUUGCGGAAGAGCCGUCGCUGGAACGGGCUUUGUGGUUUAAGUUCGCGCCGCGAGUCGCUGCCCGGGGCGGCCCGACGAAUGGUUUCCGCAUUUUACUUCCGCCAGCCGAGGAGACCUCGCAAGUAGAAGCCGCACCUAGGUCCCAAGACGUUCUCGGGCACCCGGGUACCUUUUUCCGAGCACGGGUCCGCGGCCUCGCGUAAUUUCCUUCGUUCGCCAUCGCGUCAUCAAACGGGAAGACGAACGAGGGCUGGGAAGGGCACCGAGGAUGGAAUUUUGGACGGGGAUGGUCUUGGAGAUCAGGAAUUCCAUAAGGAGGUACCCGGGUCUCCGAGCGGCGAUUUCCCUCUUACUUUGUACCUGACCGUAAACCACUGCCGUUCGAUUCUUGGCGACGCUUCUGAUGUCGGGUGCUUCGCUUCGUUUUGUACAUAUUGUAGAUAAACGUCGCGUUUCAACGUGAAUCGCAUCGACGCAGGCCUAGCUCGAGGCUCCGCCGAACGCUCCGCCGCGUUUGCGGAAAUUCGACGCGCGAAAUAAAUCCGUGUCCCGGAACGCGGCGAAAUUGUUCCCGCGGCUGAUUUCCGGCGGCCGGACCUAUCUGAGAUAAUCGCGAAACCGGCCGCGCGAUUUCCUGUCGUCUCUAAUUCAGGAAAGCUCCCCAACGACUUCUAGGGACGAUCGAUCGCUUAGGGGCUCGAGAAUCCGCUAGGCGGGCGGAUCUGGACGAAGUCGUGUUGCGGAUUUUUCGAAAGCACGGAAGACGCGAGUGUCGGAAGAUCGACCGAGGCCUGGACGCGAGAGAUUCGUUUGACACGACUUCCUGGGUUUCUUGGGGAAAAGUUCGAUUCUUCGGCGCAGAGCGCACAUCUCGGAAUGCCGCGCGACUUCCGGAUGGGCUAAGUGCCCGGACAGUCAAAACUGCUAAUUACCCUGCCGACUUCGCCGGCGGAAAUGUCGGCGGCGACGCAAGCUCCGCGAGAGAGACGGCACCAACCAUUGUCCCCGGGGACGAAAGCUCCGGAGGCCGAGGGCGGUGGCCGGGAG